UUAUUAUUAUUAUUUAUAUUAUCAAAAUUUUCAUUGGUGAUGGGCAAAAUCACAGCAUUUGCAAUUUCUUCUAGAACUCUCUUUGACAAACCCACCUCUCUCUCUAGAUUUCUUCUUCACCAAAUUAAUAAUAAUAAUUACAAUAUCAAUAAACACAGCUCGUGUAUCAGUAUUUUGCCAGGUAGGGUUUCUGGUUUGACAGUAAAUCAGAGCAGAAGGAGCUUCAGAAGUGGGAUCGUAGCCAUGGCGGGAGAUGGGCCGGUGAACAAGUCCGUUGAAGAGUGGCGUGCGGUUCUUUCGCCGGAGCAGUUCCGUGUUUUGAGGCUCAAGGGCACUGAGCGACCAGGUACAGGGCAAUAUGACAAGUUUUACGAGGAAGGUGUUUAUGAGUGUGCUGGAUGUGGGACUCCUCUGUAUAAAUCCACAACCAAAUUUAACUCGGGUUGUGGUUGGCCUGCAUUCUAUGAGGGUCUCCCUGGUGCAAUAAAUCGAACCAGUGAUCCAGAUGGGAGGAGGAUAGAAAUCACGUGUGCGGCUUGUGGGGGCCACCUGGGACAUGUUUUCAAAGGUGAAGGGUUUCGUACGCCCACCGACGAACGACACUGUGUCAAUAGUGUGUCGUUGAAGUUCACUACCGAAAAUUGAGAUUCUUGAUUGUAUUAGUAACUCCUGUUUGAAUAUGGUGUCUCUCUUUUCUGCUGUUGAAACUGAAAAAAAUAAUCACUUUUAUCUAUAAUUUCAAGUUACUCGUUAUUUUAUGCCCAAGUGCAUGAAAAGAGAGAUGUGAUUUUUUUUUU